CUCCACCCAACGCCCACAGCCCACAGGCCACCAUGAAGCCGCAGGAGAAGCCGGAAGACCCCGACACCGACCCGACCGGCGCCCAGAUCAGCCGCACCCAGAGCCAUGGGGGGCCGGGAGACCCGGGGGACCCAGGGGUCCCGGGCCCGGACCAGAGGGGCCCCCAAGACCCUGCCCCCACCCUCUUUAUUCAGCUCAAUGAGCUGCUGGGGGGACCCCAGGCUCCUGAAUGGAAGGAGACUGCUAGAUGGCUGCGCUUUGAAGAGAAGCUGGAGCUUGGGGGUGCUCGCUGGAGCAGCCCCCACGUCCCGACCCUGCCCCUGCACAGCCUGCUGGCCCUCCGCCGGGCCUUGCUGGCCGGGGGCCUCGUCCUCCCAGACUGCCCCUCCUGGGACCUCCCCCAGCUCAUAGAGCAGGUGAUGGGCCUCCCCGAGCUGGGCCCGGCCCUGAGCCCGGAGCUCCGGGCCAGGCUGGCCUCCCUUCUGCUCCAGAGACCAGAGCACCACAUCCCGGCCACGUGGAGGAGGCUGCUCACCCACCUGGGUUCUCCGGCCUGCUGGGGUUCGGCUCAUUCCCGCCAAGACCCCACUGCUGGGAAGACCCCACAGGAGGAGCAGAGGCAGAACCCGCUGGAACAGAAGCUGCCCCCGGGGACCGAAGCCGCGGUCAUCCUGGCCGGGGAGCUGGACUUUCUGGAGCGGCCGCUGACGGCCUUCGUGUGCCUGCGGGCCCCCCAGGUGCUGGGGACCCUAGUCGAGGUGCCCCUGCGCAUCAGGUUUGUCUGUAUCCUCCUGGGCCCCCCGGGGCGACCGAGGGGCUACCACGAGCUGGGCAGAGCCGUAGCCGUGCUUCUGAGUGACCAGCUGUUCCAGUGGUCAGCCCGGCGGGCCCGGGGUCCCCAGGACCUGGUGGCUGGGAUAGACGCCUUCUUGGACGACCUGACGGUCCUGCCUCCCGGCAAGUGGGACCCCACCGCCCGCCUCCCCCCGCCCAGGUGCCUGCCCCCCGACCACAGGAGCCCAGCCCCGCACCCUGAGACCCACUGUGACCGCAGGCUUCCCCCGGAGCUGCGGGAGAACCAGGCCGCCUGCAACGGGAAGGUGUUGCGGGCCGCGGACAGACGCGGGCACCAGGCAGAACCCAGCGAGGAGCUCCGAAGGACUGGCCGGCUGUUCGGGGGCCUGGCGCAGGACGUGCGCAGGAAGGCCCCCUGGUACCUGAGUGACUUCCUGGACGGCCUGGACGUGCAGUGCUUCUCGGCCGUGCUCUACAUCUACCUGGCCACCGUCACCAACGCCAUCACCUUCGGCGGCAUGCUGAGCGACGCCACCGGCAACUUCCAGGGCGUCUUGGAGAGUUUCCUGGGCACGUCAGUGGCGGGUGCCACGUUCUGCCUCUUUGCUGGUCAGCCCCUCACCAUUUUGAGCAGCACUGGGCCCAUCCUGGUCUUCGAACGGCUCCUUUUCUCCUUCUGCAGGGAUCACGGUCUGGAUUACAUGCCCUUCCGCCUAUGGGUUGGGAUCUGGGUGGCCACUUUCUGCCUGGCGCUGGUAGCCACCGAGGCCAGCUACCUGGUGCGCUACUUCACGCGCUUCACGGAGGAAGGCUUCUGUGCCCUGAUCAGCCUCAUCUUCAUCUACGACGCCGUCAGGAAGCUGCUGAGCCUGGCCGAGCUGCACCCCUUCCACCGCCCGGACCGGGCCUCCGGCUUCCCCCUCUACAGCUGCCUCUGCCACUUCCCCGCCCAGGGAGGUGAGGCCGCCCGCCGCGGGACGCUGGCAGCGAACGCGUCUCUGUGGAACCAGACGAGACCGGCGGCGGGAGAUGGGGACCUGGUCUUGGGGACGGAGCUGGGCCUCGUCAACGUGUCCUUGCUGCUGAGACCCGAGUGCCUUGAGGGGGGGGGUCGCCUGCUGGGACCCGGCUGUCCCUACGUGCCGGACGUGGCCUUCCUGUCCGUCCUCCUCUUCCUCUCCACCUUCUUCUCCGCCAUGAUCCUCAAGCACUUCAAAUCCAGCCCCUUCUUCCCUACCACGGUGCGGAAAGCGGUCAGUGACUUCUCCAUCAUCCUGGCCAUCCUACUGGGCUGCGGGCUGGAUGCCGCCUUUGGACUCGACACCCCCAAGCUCAUCGUGCCCAGCGAGUUCAAGCCGACGCACCCUGGCCGGGGCUGGCUGGUGCCGCUGUUUGGGGCCAACGCCUGGUGGCUGUGCCCGGCGGCUGCCCUCCCUGCCGUGCUGCUUGCCAUCCUGGUGUUCAUGGACCAGCAGAUCACCGCCGUCAUCCUCAACCGCAAGGAGUACCGCCUUCAGAAGGGUGCCGGCUUCCACCUGGACCUGUUCUGGGUGGCGAUGCUCAUGCUUCUGACCUCAGCCGUGGGAUUGCCCUGGUACGUCUCGGCCACGGUCAUCUCCCUGGCCCACAUGGACAGCCUCAAGCGGGAGAGCUCCGCCUGCAUCCCCGGAGAGCCCGCCCGCUUCCUGGGCAUCAGGGAGCAGCGACUGACAGGCCUGCUGGUCUUCAUCCUUACUGGGGUCUCGGUGUUCCUAGCGCCCAUCCUCAAGUUCAUCCCCAUGCCCGUUCUCUACGGCAUCUUCCUCUACAUGGGCGUGGCAGCUCUCAGCAGCCUCCAGUUGGUGGAGCGGGUGCAGCUACUGCUAGUGCCCGCCAAGCACCAGCCCGACCUCCUGCUGCUCCUGCGCCACGUGCCCCUGCGCCGCGUCCACCUCUUCACCGCCGUCCAGCUGCUCUGCCUCGCCGGGCUCUGGCUCCUCAAGGCCACCGCCGCAGCCAUCGUCUUCCCCCUCAUGCUGCUGGGCCUGGUGGGGAUCCGGAAGGCCCUGGAGCGCGUCUUCUCGCAGCAGGAGCUGACCUGGCUGGACGAACCGAUGCCGGAGCCGGAGCGGGCGUGGGCCAAGGAUGAGGAGGAGCAGGGGGAGGAGGAGGAGGAGGAAGAGGAAGAGCUCCCACCCCGGCUGGAGCCCGGGGAGUCCGGCAGCGAGGAUUCUGAGCUGCUGUAUCAGCCCAAGGGCCCCGAAAUCAACAUCUCCGUGAAUUAGUGCCAAGAGGAUGAGGAGGGGGAAGCGGAGGAAGAGGAGGAGGAGGAGGAGGAGGAGGAGGAAGACAGGAUCACUGCAGACCCAACCCUGAGAGGUGCCCUGCAAGCCUCUCCCCGCUGAUUCCGAAAUGAAGCCGCCACCGCUGAGUCCCUCCCUCCCUCAGCAUCGCGCACGGUGACCAACUCGAUGGGGACGGAAGGGCCAGGAGGAGGAGGAAGACGGGGAGAGCAGCUCACCCAUCCUCACCCCCCCAGUUGGCCGCUGUCACUACCCACUUCCAGAGUAGAGCUCUGCCCCCCUGUACCCCCCCAACCCCCACAGCUGGUGGUCCAGCACCUUUGGGGGAGAAAAGUAGUUCGCACAUCCCCUCCCUGAUGCGGAAGACUUUGUCUUCUAACUUUAUUGUACUCUUCCCAGUGCUUAGUACAGUGCU